AGGAAGACUGUGCAGAAAGGAAAACUCAUGGAUCUCACAAGCACAGUCAUCAUCCCACUGCUUUUUGGCAGCUUGGGGAUUUUCGCCCUUUUUCGGCUACUGCAGUGGAUGCGGAUGCGAGCCUACCUCCAGGAAGCGGUGGUCGUGAUCACAGGGGCUACUUCUGGCCUGGGAAAAGAAUGUGCCAAAGCCUUCCAUGCAGCUGGCUCCAAGCUGGUGCUCUGUGGCAGAGACACUGAGAAACUCAAAGACCUGGUACAGGAGCUUUCUACUGUGACCAACCACCGGAAAAAUACGCACAAGCCUCACACUGUGGUAUUCGACCUCUCAGACACUAAAACUGUCCUAAAUGCUGCUGAAGAGAUCCUGAAGUACUUGGGUCACGUGGACAUACUCAUCAACAACGCAGGCAUUAGCUUCCGAGGAACGAUUGUGGACACAGGACUGGACGUGGACAAGAAAGUGAUGGAAACAAAUUAUUUCGGUCCUAUAGCCCUCACCAAAGCACUUCUGCCCUCCAUGAUCAAGAGGAGACAAGGCCACAUUGUGGCCAUCAGCAGUAUCCAAGGCAAAAUAAGCAUUCCUUUCAGAUCUGCAUAUGCUGCCUCUAAGCAUGCUACCCAGGCCUUCUUCGACUGUCUACGAGCAGAGGUGGAGCAGUAUAACAUCGAUGUGACAGUUGUAAGCCCUGGAUACAUUCAGACAAACCUCUCUCUCAAUGCUAUAACAGCAGAUGGAUCUCGCUAUGGAGUUAUGGACAAGAACACCGCCGAAGGACAGACAGCCGCAGAGGUCGCUCAGGUGGUUCUCAGCGCAGUGGGACAGAAGAAGAAGGAAGUACUGGUAGCUGGCCUGACGCCCUCCCUGGCCGUCUACCUGCGAAACCUCUUCCCCAGGCUCUUCUUCACCUUAAUGGCAACUCGAGCGAAAAAGGAGAGAAAAGCAAAGGACUCUUAGAGCUCAGCUCAUUCCAGCAGUGACUGCAGGGAGAGCUAACCCCCUGCAGUUUGGCUGGGACAUCGUGGAGACGCUCCUGCAGGAAAAACCUUUCUCAAGAUGCUGC